GAUUCCCCACUUUCCCCAAACUGCUCUCUCUCUCUAUCUUUCUCUCUCUAGAAAACGAAUAUGGUAGAGGAAUCGAAUCCAUAAAAUCAUCUCUCUCUCUCUCAUGGGUUUCGCAAGAUAAAAAAAAUCGAAAUGCCCGCGUCCUCGAUAACUUUCAUCGAUCUCACCGCUCAUCUCGUCCAUUUCUAGACCCAAACAAGCCCUAACCCUCAACACUUUCACCAAAUCCCCUAUCAACACUUUUCAGAUUGAUGUCAUCCAGUCAUUUUGGUAGCACGGGAACUAAUUCCAAGUUGGCAAGUCAAUUUAGGGAAGUUGCAUACCGGUGUUGACUUGGUUUCUCAGAUUUAAAAAAAAAAGUAGUUUUGAGGUUCAUUUCAAGAAUGGCAAAAGGCACCAGGGGAAGACGCAGAAUGGCUUCAAGAAACUGCAGGGCAACCCCAUAUCCAAUGCUCACUUGUGAACAUCAUUUAUUGCAUCCGAAUGAAAAAAAAUCAACCAUAAGCAUGCCCAAAAAAGAGUUGGAAGAUAUCACCUGCUCAGUAUGCAUGGAAUAUCCUCACAAUGCUGUUCUUCUUCUAUGCUCUUCACACGAUAAGGGUUGCCGCCCUUACAUGUGCGGCACUAGCUCUCGCUAUUCCAACUGCCUCGACCAGUACAAAAAAGCCUACACCAAAACCACAUCUCUGUCGCCACAUCACCCACCAGCGUUAACAACCAUUGGUAACGUUUUGGAUUCGUUAUCGGGUUGGCCUGUUGAGAAGCAUGGAGAAGUGGCUGAGCUGGCGUGUCCUCUUUGCCGAGGCCAAGUCAAAGGGUGGACGGUGGUGGAGUCAACUCGGGAAUAUCUUAACUGUAAGAAAAGAACAUGUAUGCAUGAGAAUUGUUCUUUUAUCGGGGCGUAUAAGGAACUGAAGAAGCAUGUUAAGUCGGAACACCCGUGUUCUAAGCCACGGGAAGUGGACCCCGAUCAAGAACAGAAAUGGCGGCGGCUCGAACGUGAGAGAGAACGCGAAGACGUGAUUAGCACGGUGACGUCAUCAAUGCCGGGAGCAGUGGUGUUUGGCGAUUACGUGAUUGAACGGAACUCGUACGGGUCAGACUCGGAUGACGAUGACGAGGAGGGCUUUGACGUGGGUGAUUUAGGGCGGGGCAACACUGGUGGUGGUUUAGAUGUGGCGGGUGAUAACAGUCUUGUUAACGUGUUUCUCUUGUUUCAUGCAUUUGGUGCUGGCGGUAACGAGGGCUCGUUUGGUAGAAAUGAAAACAAUAACGAAGGUGAAAGUGAUGAUGAUGAUGAUGAUGGUGGUGGUGGUGGUGGUGGUGAUGACGGUGGCAAUGACAUGUCACUGGUUAACCGGCUCCGCCGCCAGGGGGUUUUACUGGGGAGGUCGGGGAGGAGACGGCGGAGUAGUCAAACGUAGAUACGUGUAUAAAACGGGAUGUAAAGAAGGGAAUCAAGAAGAUGUUAAAGUUAGAAGCUUUUUAGGAGGGAUAAGAAGAGAAAUGGCAAUGGAGUUCAUUUGUAUAUGCGCACAUUUGCCUCUCAGUUUGCCAUUGGCUUCACUUCAAAUUGGAAAGAAAGUAAUUUUUUUCUCUUUUUUUUUUUUUAUUUGUGUUUGUAAUUUUUAAUGAUUCCCUUGCCCAGGACCUGUUUAUGCAUCUUCAAAACUUACUGAAUUUGAACAUUCUUUAAAUUUGAAUCACACCCAUGUAAAGAUUUGAUCUUUUGUAUUUACAUCUUUUGAAAUGUUU